UGUUUGGCGUCUCGGCACACGUGUUUGUGCGUGAGGGAUGACUGAGCAGCUGUCCAGGUGGGUUUAACCUGCGCCAGAUGAGAUGCCACCAUGUCCUUUACGCACCGGCUCGCUCUGCUCCUGCUCGGCUUCAGCUUCAUCCACACGGUCAGUGGAAGGUUUUCUCGCUGCCAGCUGCAGUGGGAGAUGCAGCGAGCCCGCACAGAGUGUCGCACACAACUGCAGCAGCAGCCGCCGAGUCCUGCAGGAUGUGAUGGCGAGUGGGACAACGUGUCGUGCUGGAGAAGCGCGGCGGUCGGCGAGGUGCUGACCCUCCCCUGCCCCUCCCCCUUCCUGCUGCUGUUUGGCAAGAACGGUAACCUGAGCAGGAACUGCACCGAGAGCGGCUGGUCCGACGUUUAUCCCGUCAUCACCGUCGCCUGCUAUUCAGACAUCACGGACAGCGAG